CCUUGUAAUUGUUAUGCCUUCAAAAUCUCCAACAUUAGCCAGUACCCAACUCAAAUGACACCAUACCUGAUUUCACCGAACACCUAACUCCUUAACAUAACAAAUACCCCAAAAAUCCAAAGCUGAAACAAAGCAAACAAUGGCCAAGAAAAACUUCGCAUGGGGCUUCUGGAAAUACUACAGCAACUCCAUAGCUCUGUUUAUGGCAGGAGUUACGGCAAUCGUCGUCAUAUCGUCAGUCAAGAGAUCAAACUGGAGGAAGAUGGAGAAUAUUAACAUGACCCCGCAAAACAACUAUACUUCAUGUAAUCUCUUUUCGGGCAGGUGGGUAUUCGAUAACUCGAGCCAUCCAUUAUAUUCUGGCCUGAAUUGCCCCUACAUGAACGACGAGAUCGCCUGCGAUAAGUAUGGAAGAAAAGACAUUAGAUAUCAAGGUUGGAGAUGGCAACCGCAUGGAUGUAAUCUUCCAAGGUUUGAUGCAAGAGGGUUUUUGGAGAGGUUAAGGGGGAAGAGAAUGGUGUAUGUUGGGGAUUCAUUGAAUAGGAAUCAGUGGAUGUCUAUGAUUUGCCUCUUGGAGUCUUCUAUAGCUAAUGAGCACAAGCAGUUGAUAAUUAACGGAUCUCUCAAGUCUUUCAAGGCUAAGGAGUUCAAUGCAUCGAUCGACUUCUACUGGUCACCUCUGCUAGUAGAGUCCAACUGUGAUGAUCCAGUGCUCCAUAGACUUUCAAACAGGAUCAUGAGAGCAGGAGCUAUUGAAAAGCAUGCACAACAUUGGACAGAUGCAAAUAUACUCAUUUUUAACUCUUAUCUUUGGUGGAUGAAACCUAGGUUGAAGAUGAAGAUUCUGUAUGGUUCAUUUGAUGACAAAGAGCAAAACUAUCAGGAGGUAGAAAUGAUAGAUGGCUUUGAAGUGGCACUGAAGACAUGGGCAAAUUGGCUUGAAUUCAAGGUCGACGCGCUCAAGACCAAACUUUUCUUCAUGAGCUUAUCUCCAACUCAUCUCUGGGGAGGAGACUGGGGAGCAGCUGACGGUAAAAAUUGCUACAAUGAAACAGAGCCAAUUCCAGAGGAAGGGUAUACAGCCACAGGAAAUGAUUAUAGGUUUCUUCACAAAGUUGAGGAUGCAAUUGAAGGUCUAGGGGGAAAAGGAGUGAAUGUGCAAAUGCUUAAUAUUACUCAACUCUCAGAAUAUAGAAAAGAUGGACAUCCAUCGAUAUAUAGAAAGCAUUGGGAUCCUCUCGAUGAAGAUAAACUCGCAAAUCCGAGUAGCUAUUCUGAUUGCACUCAUUGGUGCCUUCCAGGUGUCCCUGAUGUAUGGAACGAGAUUCUAUAUGCCUACAUUAUCUCCAAAUGACACAAAUAUUUCAUUUUCCCUGCUGCUUACAAGAACAAGGAGAUCAAUUGAAGGAAUUGAGAUCUCAGAAAGGUCAAAAUAGGAUUACAAAACUCAUAAUGUGAGUUUCUGAAUUCAUAUUGUCUGCAUAAGCAAUUUUGAAAUGUUGUAUAGCACAAUUUACAUAAGAGAAAAUAAAGCAGUUUCAUUAUCUUUGUUUUUC